AUGCCUGAGGCGUCCAGGUGGCACCGAGGCGGGGCUUCGAAACAUAAGCUGCAUUACAGAAAGGAAGUAGAAAUUAGAACCACACUUCAGGAGUUAUUACUCUACUUUAUUUUUUUAAUAAACCUAUGUAUAUGUAACAUCAUCAUCAUUAAUAUUCACGGUGGCUUGGUCAAUAAUUUUUCAAACUCAAAAUCUUUGAUGCAUAAUGUUAUGAAUGUAGAUUCUGUUGACAUGAAAAUAUUUUCCCCAUGAUAUCUGUCUUUCUAUAUGAAGUUUAUGGAAGGACCCUUUUUGGAAGGUCUGUACUGGGACUCAUGGUACAAUAACCAGCAGCUAUAUAAUUUGAAAAACAGCAGUCGCAUCUACUAUGAGAACAUGCUUCUAGGAGUCCCCAGAGUCCGUCAACUAAAAGUCCGUAACAACACAUGCAAGGUCUACUCAUCCUUUCAGUCCUUGAUGAAUGAGUGUUAUGGCAAAUAUACUUCUGCAAAUGAAGACCUGUCUGAUUUUGGCCUUAAACAUGAUACUGAAUUGGUGGCAGAAUUCCCUGCAACUGGAGGAAUACUUACUUCAUGGCAGUUUUACUCUGUGAAGCUCCUCAGAUAUGUUAGCUACUAUGAUUAUUUUAUUGCUUCCUGUGAAAUCACAUUUUGUAUUUUUCUUUUUGUCUUCACAACACAAGAAGUCAAAAAAAUAAAAGAAUUUAAGUCUGCCUAUUUCAAAAGUAUUUGGAACUGGCUAGAAUUACUACUUUUGCUGUUGUGUUUUGUGUCUGUUUCCUUCAACACAUACUGUAAUAUGCAAAUUUUUCUCUUACUUGGACAUCUGUUGAAAAGUACUGAAAAAUAUUCAGAUUUCUAUUUUCUUGCAUACUGGCAUAUUUAUUACAACAAUAUAAUUGCUAUUACUAUCUUCUUUGCAUGGAUAAAGAUAUUCAAAUUCAUAAGCUUUAAUAAAACAAUGUCUCAGCUGUCAUCAACUUUGUCCCGCUGUAUCAAAGACAUAGUAGGAUUUGCCAUCAUGUUUUUUAUAAUAUUCUUUGCUUAUGCCCAGUUAGGAUUUCUUGUUUUUGGAUCACAGGUUGACGACUUUUCCACUUUUCAAAAUUCCAUAUUCGCACAAUUUCGAAUUGUGCUUGGAGAUUUUAAUUUUGCUGGUAUUCAGCAAGCCAAUUGGAUCUUGGGACCCAUUUACUUCAUCACUUUCAUCUUUUUUGUGUUCUUUGUCCUGCUGAACAUGUUCUUGGCAAUAAUUAAUGAUACCUAUUCUGAAGUGAAAGCUGAUUAUUCAAUAGGCAGAAGGCCAGACUUUGAACUUGGUGAAAUGAUUAAAAAGAGUUAUACAAACGCUCUUGAGAAACUCAAAUUGAAGAAAGCUCAAAAAGAUGAAGACGAGAAAACGAGCAAAAGGAGGGAUUUGGCUGAACAAGCUAGAAGAGAAGGCUUUGAUGAAAAUGAGAUUCAAAGGGCAGAGAAGAUGAAAAAAUGGAAAGAGAGGCUUGAGAAUAAGUAUUAUUCCACAGAAAUUCAAGAUGACUACCAGCCUGUCACUCAACAAGAAUUUGGAGAACUCUUUUUAUAUGCUGUGGAGCUGGAGAAAGAAUUACAUUACAUCAAUUCAAAACUAAAUCGAGUAACGAGAAAGCUCUCAGCUCUAGGACAUUGA